UCCAAUCCCCCAAUAGAAAGGGACUCCCUUUCCCUGUGUCCCGGUUCCCUCCCGCGUCGCCCUCGGCACCACGGCGCCCGCCGCCGCCGCCCUCGCAUCCUGAUGGCCGCCGACGAGCAUGGAGGCCGCCGUUCGCCUCAAGCCUCUGCCCGCCUCGUCCCCCUCCACCCAUGCUUCAAUGGAGACCGUCGCCGCCCAUGGAGGCCGCCGGGGCGGUGCGCUGGCCCGACCUCUCCCAGGUCGCGGCCAUGGGCAUGGUCCCCAUGGAGGGGUGGCUGGCUGCGUUGCCCAUGGGCUCCAUGGAGGGGUCGCCGGCCAUGCCGCCCACGGGCAUGCCCCCCAUGGGCGCAGCGCCCCUUCUUGGGCCAAGGGCAAAGUGGGCGGUCGCUCCACCUGUUGCGACAAGCUUGAUGCCCCCAAGGCCGAACGCCCCACGACAGCCCAAGAAACAUACCACUGGCUUGCCAAAGGCAGCGAGGAAGAAGCCGGGCCCGAAGAAGAAGAUGCCUUCUUCAACUCUGGUGGCCUCUGCUUCAACACCGAUAACAAAUUCUUCAACGUCGGCAAGCAUCGCAGCUCCCAAUUGUGGCACCGAGGAAGACACCCAUGUUGCCAACAACGUGUUUGAUGGAAUGUCUGCAAGUGCCAACUCUUUUUCCAAUAUGAUGGAUGAAAGUGUUGAAGGAGAAAACAUCUCUCUCUUCCAACCAUUGCUAAGUGCUGAUGAGGAGCAUGAUGAAGACGACACUUUGAUAAGUCCAACAAGGAAAAGAGGACACAAGUCUGCCAAUUAUUCAUCAGAUGAAGAUGUUGCCUUGAUCAGGGCAUGGGAGUUUGUGUCCCUUGAUGCCAUUGCAGGAGUUGAUCAGAGUAGUAGCACUUAUUGGAGCCGCAUCUCAUAGCACUUUCACCGUAAUGACAAUACAACAAUGACUAGAACAAUCGGGUCGCUCCAGCAUCGUUGGUCUACAAUCCAAGAAUGUUGUAACAAAUGGAAGUCAUGUCAUGCUCAAGUUGUUCGCCAACAUCCAAGUGGAUUCCCACUUCAAGAACAAGUGAGUAGUUCAUUUUGUUCACUUGAUCAUGACAUUUUGCUCUUUUUUGCUUUGAUAGGCCAACCUCGCCCAGGAGAGGUACAAGGCCAUGGAUCAGCAGAAGCAUAGGCCCUUUACCAUGCAACAUUGCUGGAUAUUGCUGCAAAACAAUCAAAAGUGGAUAGACAGGGAGUUUGAAUGCCCACCAAAGAAGCCAAGGUCCAACUGUUCAUCUUCAGCAGAUUUUGAAGCUCAUGAGGAGGAUGAAGGGACUGAUGAAAUGAGCAAGAGGCCUGCAGGGAGGAAGGAGAAAGAGAGGUCGAAGAAAGAUGCCGGUGGCUACAAGGAGGCGAUACAAAAGAUGAUCGAAUCAAAGGAGAGGCUUGCGAUUGACAAGGACUCAAGGUGGACGGAAAUCAAGGCCAUUGAGGAGCGCAAAGUUGCAAUUGAAGAGCGCAAAGCAGCUGCGGAAGAGCGCAAGGCAGCAAACGAGGAAGAGAGACUAAGGCUCAAGGGUGAGAAGGCACGGGUUCAAGCAGCUGCGGAAGAGCGCAAAGCAGCUACAAAGAAGAAGGACGAGGACCAAAAAAUCAUGUUCAUGGACACGAGUGCUCUUGAUGACACAUAGAGGGCAUAUGUUGAGGCCAUGCGUGCUAAAAUUCUAGCUGAAAUACUAGGAGGUAGUGGAGGUGGGAGUGUCUAGUGCUUCUUUGGUGUCUAGUGUCUAGUGUUUGCAUGAACACGUGGUCAUUUAUAUGCUUUUUCUAUAAACAGAGGUUUCUGCAUGAUGUUUUAAGGUUGUUGGCUUACUGUGGAUGUUGUCUUGUGUGCUCAAGAAGCAUUAAAAAAUAUAACUUGAACCAGCA